AUGGCCACUGCUGAACCAAUAACCAUCAACCAAUGCCUCAUAAAUCUCAUAUCCACCACUAUUGCCCCCACUGAGAAUAACACCCUCGUAAAGGUCCCUGAUGCUGUGGAAAUCAAAAAUAUUCUAUUCAGUAUUGCAGGUGACAAGGCUCCAGGUCCUAAUGGAUUCCCAUCAAACUUCUUCCAAGCCAACUGGGAUGUUGUGGGUGAAUACAUCGUCACAAUGGUCCAAAACUUCUUUACUUCUGGAUAUCUUCUUAAAGAAAUGAACUCUACUUUUAUCUCCCUUAUCUCCAAAACAGAAAGUCCUACUACCCCUGCCCAUUUCAGACCAAUAUCCUUAUGCAAUACCACUUACAAAAUCAUUUCAAAAAUCCUGGCUCAAAGACUAAACCCUCUUCUACUAAACCUUAUAUCUCCUUUUCAGUCAGCUUUCAUUCAUGGCAGAGGCCUCAGACAAGGGGAUCCCCUCUCACCCUACCUAUUUCUAUUCUGCAUGGAAGCUCUCUCUAGAUAUCUGACUAAUGCUGAAUCUCAAGGUCUCAUACAUGGAACAAAAGUCUGUAGUGAAGCACUUGCAAUCAAUCAUUUACUUUUUGCUGAUGAUUGCAUGAUUUUCUGCAAAGCUAAUAUGGAAGAAUGUAACAACUUAAUCAAGAUCUUUCAAGAAUUUGGUCAUUCCUUUGGGCAGCUGAUAAAUUUCUCCAAAUCAGGAAUCUUCUUCAGCAAGAAUACUGCUCCAAGCAUUGCAGACAACAUAAGUGAUGCAAUUAAGGUUCAAAGGAUUAACACUUCUGACAAAUAUCUGAGAUCUCCCCUAUUCACUAACAGAAGCAAGAUUCAGGACUUCAAGCCUUGUAUUGAAAAACUAAAAUUCAGACUUGCUGGUUGGAAAUCAACUCUAUCUAUAGCUGGAAAAAAAGCUAGAUGUGAUCUGAUCUUCGGAAACAUAGAUCAUAAUGCUGCUGCUGCUACUACUGCUCUGAAAAUCACUCAACACCUAUGCACCUAUAACAGAGUGAUUCAUAAUCCAGGGCAUAUCUUAAAAAACAUCUAUUAUCAGGACAACACCACUGAUCCAAACCUAAGACAAAGCAGUCUUAAUAGAAAUACUAGAGAGAAGUUUGGCAUCACUAUUAGCGUACAUAUUAUGGAAGUUAAUAAUAAUAUGGCUAAUAGUAAUCUAUCACACUAUACUAACUUUGCUUUCAUGUCCCUCUCUUUCACAGGGCAGUGCAUGCGAGCAAGGAACUUUAAAGACCCAGCAACUGGACUCAGCAGAGCCAUCAGAGGAGCUCAAUCAGCAUUGACUUGGGUAAAGGAGAUGAAAAGGACCAACAUUAACUUUGAAGCAUAA